AUGAAGGUGAGAUGGAGCGCGAGAUUGAAUUGGAUGGUGGUGGUGGUGAUGGUGGGGAUUUCCCUCGCAUCAGCCCAAGUUCCCACCAAUCGCAACAACAUCCCCAAGAUCGCACACCGAAUGGUUGCCAAAUGGUGGACUCAAAGUAGAGAGCCGAAGCAGUGCGAUUCCCGCUGGGAUUGUGGCUCGUACGAAUGUUGUGCUCGGCCGAUCAACUCUCAACGGGCAUUUUGCAUGCCAUUACAGCAAGAGGGAGCUGUGUGCCACACGGCUUCUUUCCUUGUUGACAAGAGCCAGGAAGUGUAUUUCAAUUCCUGUCCAUGCCUCCCCUAUUACGCGUGUGCGGAUUUGGGGACCCAGGAGAGAUGCGUCCAUCCGGAUCGCAUCGGGGAUACCUAUUACGUCAAGAGAAUCCUCGGAUACAAGAAAUAGCACCUUCUUUCACCCAUCCAUCCAUCCAUCUAUUCCUGGAGCUGUGUGACUCACGAGGCAAAGCCUCCCAUUUUCAUGCG